CCUACGUUUAAGUAUAAAACGUUAGUACAACAUUGUCAGUGUCUGUGUUAAACAUCAUUUGGAAUUCAAAUUGCGAUGACCAGCCCAGACAUAAUGAAAGACAAACCGUUCGACGAUUUUUUGCUAACGCAGUCAGUCUUUGAACCUUUUGGUCUCGUAGCUCUCUAUCUGGUUUUAGUUACGAAAAUUGGACCAAACUUCAUAAAAAACAGGGAAUCAAUGCAGCUGAAAUCUGUAAUGGUUUUGUAUAAUUUAUUUCAGAUUUUCAGCAACGUUUUUAUAGUUAUUUCGGGGUUCCCAGAUUUAAAAACUGUUAGUAUAUUGUGUAUUAUUACGUCCCGAGAUUCUUUUUCCGUUGUAACAUUACACCAUAAAUACGUGCUGCUCAAAUUGUUCGACUUUUUGGAAACGGGUAUUUUCAUUCUGCGCAAAAAGGACAAGCAAGUUUCUUUUCUACACGUGUUUCACCACGUUGGAGUUUUUAUAAUGUCUUGGAUAGGGCUGAAGUAUAGUCCUGGAGGUCCAAAUUAUCUGUGUGCUUUAGUAAAUUGUCUUGUUCACGCAAUCAUGUAUUGUUAUUAUUUACAAAGUAUGUGGACGAAUCAGAAACAUCAGUGGUGGAAAAAAUAUAUCACAGUGCUUCAAGUGGCUGCCAACUCGUUCAUCCUUUUAAAUUUUGUUAUACAUUUGCUGAAUCCGUUCUGUUCUUUCCCUAAGUGGAUUUUGGUGAUGAAUUUAGUUUAUAUGUUGGUGAUACUGUAUUUAUUUGCUGUUUUUUACAAAAAGAGCUAUAUUCCCAGUAAACACAGUUGUGAUGUUGACGUGACAGGUACGUACUCACAAAAGAACAAUAAGGACAUCGCAUGA